AAAACAAUAACAUCUGGUGGAAAACAGUGACUUGCUGAUUUGAGUUUAAAGUUCUGAGUGCAGGAGUGUGAUGGCAGCUCUGUGUGGAAACAUGCUGACAGUCAGUGUGUUGCUGAGUGUCUUCUGUCUUUCAGGAGCUCAGACUCAGUGUGGAAAAAACCCAGCCCUCUCCAUCACAGCACCAAAACAGAUGGAAGCUCUGAGUGGAUCCUGUUUGCAAAUCCCAUGUAGCUUCAGAGAGAAACCAGGAGAAAACCAGUUUGGCAGCAACAGAGAAACAUUUGGAGUGUGGAUUAAAAGUGACCCAGCCUUUGAAAAUAAUCUAAAUAAUGUUGUUUUUAACAGCAGUAAAACACAAAACAGCUAUAAUAUUACAAUUACUGGAGACCUGAAACAGAGGAACUGCACCACUGUGUUUUAUGAUUUACAUAAAGAUCAAGCAGAUAAAUACUUCUUCAGAAUUGAGAACAAACCAUUUAUAGCAACAGCUUCAUGUGAUCCUGUUCAAAUAACAGUUAGAGAUUCUGCUUGGAGGCCCAGAAUUGAGAUCUCAGCUGAUGUGAAGAAGAAGAACUCUGUCACUAUAACGUGCUCAGCUCUCACUCCCUGUCCACACUCACCUCCUGAACUCAGCUGGGAUCAUCAAGCAGACUCUCUGAGGCAGAUGGAAAGGAACACAGAUGGAAGCUUUACAAGUAAAAUCCAGCAGAGCAUCACUCUGUCAGACACACAUGAUGGAUACAACAUCAGCUGUUCUGCUACAUAUCCUGUUAAAGACACCUCAGCUUUGAUGUCAGCAGGUAGCUGGUUCUACCUGACCUGCUCCAGCAGAACCAAGUAUCCCAUCAACAGCUACACCUGGUUCAACAUCAGCAAACAGGAAGUCACGAAAGCAGCUGUAGGAGUCAUGUACAUCUAUAACUGUGAGGUUCUUGAAGACAACAGCUCUAACCAAACACAGACUUCACUUAUUUCAAUGAUUGUUGUCUUUCUGCUCCUCGGUCUGGCUCUCUGUGUUUGGUAUUUUAGGUUCAAACAUUCAUCUCCCCAACCGACUCAGAGUCAAACAUGUGUGGAUCUUGUUCCUCAAGCUGCCACCAAUAAUCCAGAGGAAGAUGUUCAUUAUGAGGACGUGAACUUCCUCAAGAAGAAACCUGGACCUUCCUCUGUCUCAGUGCACAGCAGCAGACRUCAGGAGGAGGAGACACUGUACUCACAGGUCAAAGUGUCUCAAGUAGAAAACAGCUCAACAAAGACUGCAAACCAGGCAGAGGAUUUGUACUCUCAGGUGAAGAAAUAUUGACCUUUGUUGGACGAAGUUUGCUGGAUAGAUUCCCAGCUUGGGACCUGUUGGAGUUUGCAUGUUCUCCYCAGGCAGGAGUGGGUUUUCUCCAGGUACUCUGGUUUCCUUCCACAGACCAA